UUGAAAGAGUGUCUCAGCUGGAAAAAAAAAGUUUUGCAACUUCUGUAGGAGAAGGAAGUCUGCGGAGAGAACAGGCUUUAAAGUUUAAAAGACACUGCAGUCACUUUCCUUCCAAGAGCUCCCUGGAGUUUGUUUUCAUCUGGUUGGAUCUGAAAGGUUACCCAACUUUGAAGGAUGGGUGACUGGAGCGCCUUAGGAAGACUCCUAGACAAAGUCCAGGCCUAUUCCACUGCUGGAGGAAAAGUGUGGUUGUCCGUUUUGUUCAUUUUCCGCAUCCUUCUACUUGGGACGGCAGUAGAAUCAGCAUGGGGAGAUGAACAGUCGGCAUUUACCUGCAACACUCAACAACCUGGUUGUGAAAAUGUGUGCUAUGACAAGUCCUUUCCAAUUUCCCACGUGCGAUUUUGGGUUCUUCAGUUUAUAUUUGUCUCAACGCCCACUCUACUAUACUUGGCUCAUGUGUUUUACAUAAUGCGUAAGGAAGAGAAACUCAACAGAAAAGAGGAAGAACUUAAGAUAGUUCAAAAUGAUGGCGGCAAUGUGGACAUGUACCUCAAGCAAAUUGAAAUAAAGAAAUUCAAAUAUGGUAUUGAAGAACAUGGGAAGGUUAAAAUGCGUGGUAGCUUGCUUCGCACCUAUAUCAUCAGUAUCUUAUUUAAAUCCUUUUUUGAAGUUGGUUUCAUUGUUACCCAAUGGUACAUCUAUGGGUUUAGCCUAAAUGCUAUCUAUACAUGCAAAAGAGAUCCCUGCCCUCAUCAAGUUGACUGUUUUCUUUCUCGUCCCACUGAGAAAACAAUUUUCAUUUGGUUCAUGCUGGUGGUAUCUCUAGUAUCUUUAGGACUGAACAUUAUUGAGUUGUUCUAUGUCAGUUUCAAGAAUGUCAAAGAUGGCAUUAAAGGUAAGAAAGAUCCCUAUGCCGUCACAGGUGAAGCAAAUCCAACAAAGGAAUGCACCUCUCCUAAAUAUGCUUAUUUUAAUGGCUGUUCUUCUCCAACUGCACCUAUGUCACCACCAGGUUACAAGCUUGUUACGGCAGAUAGAAACCCUUCCUCCUGUCGAAAUUACAACAAGCAAGCAAGUGAACAAAACUGGGCAAAUUAUAGUGCAGAACAAAAUAGAAUGGGCCAAGCUGGAAGCACCAUUUCUAACACUCAUGCACAGCCAUUUGAUUUUCCUGAUGACCACCAGACUGGCAAAAAAAUGGCACCUGGACAUGAAAUGCAGCCUCUCAGUAUACUGGACCAUAGGCCUUCAAGCAGAGCAAGUAGCCAUGCAAGCAGCAGACCAAGACCUGAUGACCUUGAGAUCUAGUUAACUUUAUGCUAUGGAAGACACAUUUAUUCCAUGGAGGAGGUACUUCACAGUCUCAAAGGAGAAAUAUAAUGGAGUGAUAAACUUUGAAAAGUUACUUUUUCAUGAUGUGGGAGGUACACAUUGAUAUUUAAGUAACUGAUUGAUCAAAGGUAUAGAACAACCGAUUGUGGAUCCUUUACUUCUUAUGCCAAGAGAAAUCCCUUGUGAACUAUUUGAUCGUAGUUUGAUUUCUGGAACAGUUUGGCAUUUCACCCGAAGACAAUACUCCAUAGCAAGGGUCCAUUAUAAGGGUGUUUUUGUAUAGCGGAGAAAAAUGUAGAUUUAAUGGUUAAUCGAUUAUUUUUCUGUAAACACAUUUGCAUCUUUAAGGCGUUAGGUUAGGUUCAACCAAAGCAAAGCACCCUUGGUAGGUAUGGGUAGAGUGGAAAGUUGAGAAUGGUGGGAAACUUUUUUGGGGGAUUUCAUACCAUGGGUUACGUUCGUGACCACUAUUGAACUGUUAAGAACAUUAUUAUUAUAUUUUAAGGUUCACGUGGUAUUUCUCAUUUUUUUUCUGCAGCCGUCACUUUAGUUUUAGCCAUCACUGUGAGUAAGUUGUCGACAGUAGUUUGAAUAUCCAUGUAUUUGUAGCUACUAUCCUGAACCUUUGUUUCCUAAAUUUGAACUUACUUGUUAUGUCAUCACAAAAAUAAUAAUUUAAUGUUUGCAAUUUAAAUAUUGUUUAUUAAUAACUUAUAGUCCUGUCUGGGGAAAAACCACAGAAACUUAUGGGACUGAUAUAACUACUUUAUUCAGCUUAGAAUGAUUCAUUUUCAGAUGUACUUCCUGUAGUGUGUUUCCCAGAUAAGUCCUAAGACUUCAGUUAGAGUUUUGCAUGGUUUCCUGUUAAAUUUUCUUUCUCUUGACACUUUCUGCAAGGGUUAAAAGGAAAUUGAACUUAGUGAGUCAGUGACUAUUGUUAGGGACCAUAAAAAAUGCAUACAUUAAAGGGGCUGUCCAAGAUUGUUAAAAUGCUGCUCCACACCUUUACCACUCCUGUCCACAAGUUGUGAGUAGUACUGCAGCUCAGUCACAUUCACUUCAAUGGAGCCAAGCUGCAAUACCAGGCACAACCUGUGGACAACAGUAGCACUGUUUUGCAAGAAUAGAGCAACGUUUUUCUAAUCCUGGACAACUGCUUUAACUGCAGAUGUGUGUAGCUAUUAAGAAGUGGAUAAGCAGGGCAGAAGUUAGGUACGUGAAAUAGUAGUAGAUGUACAGAUAUAAAUACAUAUAUAGUAAUUAUUUGAUAUCUGUUUGCAGAUCACCUGUGUAUCCUGAGUCCCAAAACAAGUAGUAACUCUGCCAAUAUAACCAUAACUCCCAGACAGCAUUGCCUUUCGCAAAACAAAUAAGGUGACCCUUACAUAUAGGGAGGGUAUAACAGAUGCUUGGAGUCAGUAGGACGCUUGCUUUUAUCUCAAGAAAUGUAGUGUUUACAAGAGUGCUGUGCCUGAAAAGCAAAUAGUCCUUCAUUAUUGUUCUUUCCAAAAAUGAUAGUUUUUCACAUAUUCUAUUAAGGAUGCACUUGAUCAACAAGUAGCAUUGUUUAUUAGUGUUUUUUUUUGUUUUUGUUUUUUUAAGCAAGACGAAUAGAUUUAUUGCAUAAAUAAUUUACCUUUGUUUAGUUGUAAUCAAAAAAGCUUGAAUGAUAGUGAUAAUGUAGUACUGUAAAAUACUUUAUUUGUUUGCUUAGAGCUGGAAAAGGGUCUAAUAUAGCUGCAUGGGCCGUGAUAAGAGGAGAAAUGUACCACUUUCUAGAAUCCCAAAGAAUAUCUUACUAUGACAAGAACAUGGAAUAAUCCAAAACUUUGUUCCUUCUUUUUGUACUUAAGGGGGCAUCUUUUGCACAGCCUUAGACAAAUGCCCUUUAAGGCAUGUUUACUUAUUAGCCAUAGUCCCUGUAAUAAAAUAUUCCUCAAUAUAUACAGCCUGGGAGCUUCAGCCAUACUCUGGGGUUUUUAAUCUCUUUCAAUAUUAGGGUUCCAUGUUGUAGACAUUAAAGAGAAUGUGUCUCCUAGAUUUAGUUUUUCUGACUAGAUCCACAUAUGGAAACAUGUUCUUUUUCUAAUCUGUUUUUAUUUUCUGAUUGUUAUUUUUUUUAUUUAACUUUUUGUACAUUAUUAUAUGGACUGCCAUCUUGCCUGAGAUGUUUUUAACAGCAGUUAGUGGUAUGCAUUGCUGCUGGACCCAUGGACCGUAGACAGCAAUAGACAGGACAGGAAUAGUACUAUUCAGAUGAAUUAAAACCCCUUUCAGAUGUCAUUCUACAGGGAGGUAGGAUGCUGAUAUCUGCUGUGAAUGGUGGUGGAUCCAGUGUUAUCUCUCUACUGAUGUCAUCUUUCACUGUGCUCUUGAAAAGAAAGGUUAGGGGAAAAUCUGUACAGUACAGGAAAACUCAGCUUAUUUUUAGCCCAAGUGGCCAGAAUGGAAACUGCAAGAUUUCCAGAAAUAUUAAAAAAUAUAGAUAGAGAAAUAGAAAAUAAAAAUAAAAAAUGUAUUAAAAAAAUUAUUGAAAUUAUGGUUAAUAUAAAAACCAGAUUUAAACAAUAUGUAAUCUUCUGAUGACACAUUCCCUUUUAGACUCACAUGAUCUGUUAUAGGUGGAUUGAAGGAUUUCCUUACCUGGAAGAUAUACAGGUUUUUGAAAAUGAGUUUUCUAAAAUAAGACAACCCCUAAUAUAACCACAUCAAUAAACUCUGCUUGGAAUCUACAGUAUAACUCACAGGCUUCUUCUCAACUGAUAAUACUGCACAUGCAAGCAUACAUUUCAUUAAACAAUGUGGAAGCACAGUAAAAUACAUUAAGAAGAAGCAUCUAGGAGGAAAUACAUUUCUGCCUGAAGAGCCCACUUUUGUGAUUUUUUUGUUUGUUUUUUGUUAUUCUGUACUGUACUCUAGGCUUCAUUACUCUGAAGUUUUGUAUUUUUAUUGUGAUCUGGUUGCUUCAACCAUUUGUAAUGUUUGCACUUGGGAUAUGUUUAGAAUGCAAGAGUCUGGAAAUAUAUGUCUUCAUUAAUACACCUCUGGCUAAUUUAUUUAAACAUCACAACUGUUAAAGCAAAUCUGUCACCAUGAAAAGGCUGCCAAAUCUUCCAGCAUCACAUUUUGUCCCAUACACAAAUACUGCCCUCAUGCACGCAUACAAAGCCUCCAUGUACACGUGCACAGCCCCCACAUGCGUGCACAGCCCCAAUAUACACAUACACAGCCUCCAAAUACACAUACACAGCCCUCAUACACACAUACAAACCUCAUACACAUCCCCCAAUCACAAAUAAACUGCCCCCAUACACACAUACAUAGCCCCCAUAUAAGUAAAUGCCAUAGUUAUCCUCCAGUGCUGAGUGCUGCCAGCUGAUCUGCUCCUCUAUUGUAGGGAGAAGAAAGUACAUGUUGACCAACGUCACUGGCUGGCAUCUUCUAGCAGUGGCUGCUGACAGAAGCCAAUGCUGUUUUAAAGUGGCAGUGUUCUGGAAAGUUAGUGACUGUACCCCCUUGAUGCUGCCUUACAUGGCAUUCAAAUAGGCAAGUGGGCGGUCUCACUGAAUGAUUGGCACCUUUAUCCCUUUAUAAGCAUGCUUACAGAGAUAACCAUUAGUCACUAAUUAGGAAAGCCCACUGGACACCUAAAAUCAGCAGAGACAUAUAUAAAUAAAAUACAAAUUAUACUGAAACGUUCCAAUAAAUGCUUUAUAUUUAUUUUCUCAGCUUCCACUGUCCUAUAACAAACAGCUGGUAGAUCAGGCUGCUCAAUCAAUUUGACAGGUUUUCUUUAAAUUCACCGACUGUACAAUUGUAGUGCAACAGGGGUAAAACAUCUCUAUUUAAUAUUUACAGUGCCAUUAUCUUCAUCCAGAAGUAAAGAUCCAGAUAGGAUGUGUGUAGUAUGUAUGACUAUUAAUAUCUGAAAAAUAGAAUGUUAUCUUUUGUACGCAAGAGUAAUUGUCAUUAUUUUUCAUAAACUACUGUUAGUUUUAGCUUUGUUGCAUGUAUGCAUUCAUGGUUCAUUAGCACAUGGUUUUCAAAGUGCUUAAUUUAGACAAUAAAGUUCUACUUUAGUAAUAAAU